CACAUCCUGUUUUCAGUUAACUGAUCUCAUAUGGGGGAAAUUCACCACAGGAAAUCUCUCUAGUUUGGAAAGUACCAAAACCUUAUCUUUAGUUUCUUUUUGUAAUUUGGCACCUUUGGAGACAGAGGUGUAACAGAAUCACAGAAACUUUCAACAAGUCUCAAAGCAAGAGACAAGGAGUGAGUUAAGGGCACGGGGAAGAGGUGGAGCUGCCACUUCAUCCCUGAACUUGACCCUGUGUUGUAACAUUGGUCAUUCUAAAAUUAACAUAUUUCACCUCUUUAUACUCCAAAAUUUAAAAAAACACAUCCAGAAUUCUUUUAGGUUUUUUUCAAAAAGCACAUCCAUAAUUCUUUUAGUUUCUGGAAGAGAUUUUAACUCGCAUCCUGGCAAAAGCUGCCUGGGCUGGAUUAAUUUAGGAUGGAUUUUAAUGACCCAGAUGAGAGCAAAUGGCUCAGGCCAAGGCCUCCCUGGGCUGUGUCACACCUUCCUCAUGGCUGGGGGUUCUGAACUGCAGAUCCAGGGCAGAUCAGCACCCACGGGAGAGCAGGAGCUCAGCUCGGAGGGGAGGGAAGGGAGCCGGGGUGUCUGUCCUGUCUGUCUGUCUGUCUGUCUGUGCACACCCAGCACGGGAAGGUGCCAGACGUGAGGCAAACCCUGCACAAAACACAACAAAUCCCUCAGCAGCUACCUCAGGUACCCGCGGCUGCUCUCAGGGCAGAGAUUCACCCCACUGAGGCACCAGAGAAACCCCUCUGCUCUGGAUUUUUAAUUCCGAGCAGGGCCUCGCCCCAGGGACAUUCCCCCCGAGGAAGAGCGGGCAGAUUUGCAUGUGCAGCUCCUUUUUUCACUGAAUCCCUGUCACAACCGGAGAGGGGGGCAGCACCGUGAGCCGUGGCAGGGGUGAACAGGACCUUGUGCCCAUAAUGACACCCGGCUCUGUGGAAUCUUUGCUGCUCUCCAGGAAGGCUUUGCAGGCAUCGCUGAGCUCCUGCGGUGCUCCCCGGGCUGAGGCAGGGCCGGGCUGCCCCGCCGAGCUUUCCCGGAGGCUGCAGAGCGGGGCGAGGCUCCCGGGCCGGGGCAGGGGCUGUCCCCCACCCCGGGAUGUGCGGGCGGUGUUGGCGCUGUGGCCGCCCGGAGUUUCUGUCUGAGUCCCCGGUGAGCAUGGCAGGCCCAGCAGCGCUCCGCUUUCGGGAACCGGCCGCCAGAUUCUCCGUUUCAGGGGGAAUUUGCUGCGCGGGGCUUUUCCUCGGUCGAUUCCCCGUGCCUGCGGCCCGGCACGGCGCCGGUGCCCCGAGCAGGGGAAGCCCCGCUGCCGCCAGCCCCGGGGCGGGCUCGGGCUCCCCGCUCCUCCCGGCCGGAGCGAGGCAGCAUCGCCCAAACCCGGGCGAGCGGGCGGCAGCAGCUCCGGUACCCGCGGGGAUCCGGUACCCGCGCUCAGUGCUCGCUGCAGAUGGCUGAGAACACCCCCAGGAGCCUGCGGGACACCCCUGGCUCCUUCCCUGACGAGAACGAGUUUCCCUUCGGGUACCCCCCCAGCAUCUGCGAGGACGCGCCGGGCCAGAAAUUCCUGUGCAGCAACUGCAACAACGUCCUGAAGAAAGCCCUGCAGACGCUGUGUGGGCACAGGUACUGCUCUGCCUGCCUCGCCUGGAUCCUUCGAAACAAUAAAAACGCAAUUUGCCAGAAAUGUAAAGAGGAGGAUCCCAACACUUUAGGUGAGGAAAGCCUGUUGGCAGAGGAAAGGGCUUUUGGUGAUGCUGCCAUCAAUAAAGAGAUUUCUGAACUCAGAGUCCACUGUGUGACCCUUGGAUGCAGCUGGUCUGGCAUCAUGAAAGAUUUUGAAGAGCACCAGAGCCUGUGUGAAUACGCUCUGAUCCCCUGCCACACCGGCUGUGGGCUGGUGGUGAUGAGGAGGAAGCUGGCAGAUCACCUGGAAAAUGGAUGUGUCAAAAAUGUCACAGUGUGCCAGCAGUGCCAGCGCAGCCUGCCCAGCUCGCAGCACCAGGAGCACUCGUGUGAAGGCAGUUUAUGCAAGGAGCAAAAACCUGUGCAAACAGAAACAGCAUCAGAGGAAAAGAGCCACUCUGCAUCCUCGGCCCACAGGGAUGGGUGCUGUUUUUCUGAAGUUGGCUGUGCAUUUAGGGGGAGCAAAGAGAAGAUCAAGGAGCACGAGAAAUCCUCCGUGGGGGCACACAUGCUGCUCCUGCUGCAGCACAUGCGGCAGCUGCAGGGAGCCCUGCGCUCUGCUGCCAGAGCUGCACAGGGCUGCACAAAGAGUGCAGGAAAAAGCAUCCCUGACCUGCAGGCGCCUGCAGGGCUGGAGUUCAGCAGGGAUCCAGACGUGGACUCCUUCCCUGGCUCCGCUGUUGCUGGGGACGGGUCUGUGCUGCGGCAGCUGCUGAGGGAGAAGGUGAUUUCUGAGCUGGAAAACAAGCUGCACGUGUUUGAGAACAUCGUGGCCGUGCUCAAUAAGGAGGUGGAGAGCUCUAACCUGGAAAUCCUGGCCUUCAGGAGGCAGAGUGAACUGGACCAGAACGUAAUACGGGGCCUGGAGCUGAAGAUUGCAGAGCUGCACCGGUGCCUGACGCAGAAGGACGCGGGGCUGAGCAGCCUGCACAAGAGCCUGCUGUUCUCUGAGCAAGCCUCCUACGAUGGGAUCUUCCUCUGGAAAAUCACAGAGGUUGGCAGGAAGCUCCAGGACUCCGUGACUGGCAGGACAGUCAGUCUGUACUCCCCAGCUUUCUACACUGCAAAAUACGGCUACAAGGUGUGUCUGAGGGUGUACCUGAACGGGGAUGGGACAGGGAAGGGAACCCACCUGUCCCUGUUCUUCGUUGUCAUGAAAGGAGACUACGACGCUCUGCUCCCGUGGCCCUUCAGGCACAAGGUGACAUUUAUGUUGCUUGACCAAAACAACAGGGAACACGUGAUCGAUGCCUUCCGCCCAGACCUGAGCUCUGCCUCGUUCCAGAGGCCGGUGGGUGACAUGAACGUGGCCAGUGGCUGCCCCACCUUCCUGCCCCUGGCCAAGCUGCAGUCCCCCAAGCACGCCUACGUCAAGGAGGACACGCUCUUCCUGAAAUGCAUCAUCGAAACUAAUUAGCAAACCCUGAAUUAUGGCUGGGGACGUCACCGUGGAUGUGAAUGGAUUUUGAGAAGAAUCCCCUCCCUUUGAGCCCUCGUGUUAAUUUGUGUGCACACAAAGUCCCCAGAGCUGAGCCUGUGCUCCCUGACCCCGCUGCCAUCCCCUGGGGUGUCCCAGGGCGGCUGGGACAGGGUUGUGUCCCCAAAGCAGCCAAUUCUGACGGUUUGGUGUCACUGUCACCCCCAGCCUGCUCUGGAGAAGGGGCUGCUCCUCCUCCCAGCUCGGUGGGUGCUGGGGGGGCUGAGCUGCCCCAUCCUCGGGCAGUGCCCGGCAGGGGCAGCUUUGGGUGAGCUCCUGUCAGGCUGCACUGCCCGGCUGCUCCCAGCAGGGAAUUCUGGCUGCUCCAGCAGGGAAUUCUGGCUGUUCCCAACAGGGAAUUCUGGCUGCCCCAGCAGGGAAUUUUGGCUGCCCCAGCAGGGAAUUCUGGCUGUUCCCAACAGGGAAUUCUGGCUGCUCCCAGCAGGGAAUUCUGGCUGUUCCCAACAGGGAAUUCUGGCUGUUCCCAACAGGGAAUUCUGGCUGCCCCAGCAGGGAAUUCUGGCUGUUCCCAACAGGGAAUUCUGGCUGUUCCCAACAGGGAAUUCUGGCUGCCCCAGCAGGGAAUUUCGGCUGCCCCAGCAGGGAAUUUUGGCUGCUCCCAGCAGGGAAUUUCGGCUGUUCCCAGCAGGGAAUUUCGGCUGCCCCAGCAGGGAAUUCUGGCUGCUCCCAGCAGGGAAUUCUGGCUGUUCCCAGAAGGGAAUUUUGGCUGUUCCCAGCAGGGAAUUUUGGCUGCCCCAGCAGGAGCAGGGGCAGCCCCUUCCCCUGAGGCAGGGUCGGGGGUCUCUGUGCUUUACCCUGGGAGCCCAGCACUGCAGCCCCUCACCCCAGGGUUUAUUUCUUGCUAUUUAUUCUCUAUUUAAGUGCUGUUUAAGGAGAUGCUGUGCUGCCUCAGCAGACAGGGACCAGGUUACGCUGUGCCUCGGGGGAAUUACCUCCAGGAUUUCCACAGGAGCCCUUGGGAUUUCCCAUUGAGGAUCCAGAGAUCUGGGAAGGCCAGAGGGGUUAAAGCCCCCUCAGUGUCUGGGUUAGUGUCCAGUCACUUCCUGGACCUUCAAGGCACUUGACUUCUUAAAAAAUAUUGAUUUUUUUUUGCUUAAUGUGCUCUGAUGUUUAAGGUUUUUUGCAUGCUAAAAUACAAGUAACUGCUAGAAAUGGUUUUAUUCUUUUUUGGGGUUUUCUAAUAGAGGAAAGGAAUGGAUAAUUUUUAUUAUAAGCAAAACAAGCUUGGGACUGUCUGGAUGUGUGCAAAAUCUCCCACUUCUCUCUUGGCAACAGCCUUUAAAAUAAUUGGUUGUGAUAAAGCAUCACAUUUCAAAAACACCCACCCCAUAAACAAAUAUUUAUCAGAGCUUGUUUGGGAAGGAACUGGAUAUUCUGUGUGUCUUUUCCUCCAUUCCAUCUUUGAAAUGUUCUUUCAGGGACAGAGAGGGAUUUUUCCAACAAUGUGCCAACCCCUGUCACCACACUGGAAUAAUUUACCUUAAAAUUUAUUUUGCUUUUCCUGUCUGCACCACUUUGACAAGCUGUAUUUAUUACAAUCAUUCAUAUUUUCAUAUGAUUUUAUUUAUUUCCUAAAUAAAGCUCACUAACUUAA